UUCGACCCUACUCCUCCACCUGCUCCUCCGCCUGAAGCCGAGACUCUGAAACUCUCUCUCUCUCUCUCUCUGCCCAAAAAAAUCAAAACUUGAAAUGGAUCAAAUUCAACACAAGUUCAUUGAAAUCCAAGGCCUCAAGCACCACGUUGCCGAAAUUGGCUCUGGUCCCCAUGUAGUCGUGUUCUUGCAUGGAUUUCCGGAGAUAUGGUACUCGUGGCGGUACCAGAUGGUGGCUGUGGCGGAAGCUGGGUUUCGCGCGCUAGCGCCUGAUUUCAGAGGCUAUGGGUUGUCUGAUCCGCCGCUUGAACCCGAAAAGGCCUCCUUCGGUGACCUUAUUAAGGAUCUUGCUGCCUUGCUUGAUGCCCUAGGCAUUGAUAAGGUGUUUCUUGUAGCUAAAGACUUCGGAGUUUUUCCCGCUUACUUGUUUACCCUCCUCCACCAAGAGAGGGUCCAAGGAAUCGUGACCCUAGGAAUUCCGUACCGCCCUCCCAGUCAUCCUGUUAAAUAUCAUGAGCAUCUACCUGAGGGCUUUUACAUUUCAAGAUGGCAGGAACCUGGACGGGCAGAAGCUGAUUUUGGGCGCCUCGAUGCCAAAACAGUUGUGCGCAAUGUUUACAUACUCUUUUCGAGAAGUGAAAUACCAAUAGCUGCAGAGAACCAGGAGAUUAUGGAUAUAGUUGAUCCAUCUACCCCUCUUCCCCCUUGGUUUACAGAAGGAGAUCUUGAAGAAUACGGUUCUCUGUACCGGAAAUCAGGGUUUCGCACUGCAUUGCAAGUUCCUUACAGGUCGUUUAAGGAGGACCUGGGAAUAACAGAUGUUAUUGUUAAAGUUCCAGCACUGUUGGUCAUGGGAGAGAAGGAUUAUGUGCUCAAAUUUCCGGGCAUCGAAGAGUACAUCAGGAGCGGAAAGGUCAAAGAAUUUGUUCCCCAGCUAGAGAUUGUAUUUUCGCCAGAGGGAACGCAUUUUAUCCAGGAGCAAUCGCCUGACGAGGUGAAUCAGCUAAUUCUCGAUUUCCUUAAGAAGCAUAUUUGAUGAACACAAACGGGAGGCUAGCAGUUGUCAAAAUUUUCCGUUUAAAAGAGAUGUUUAAAGUCAAGUUCUCUGUAUAUUGUGUGUUCCCCUUAAGAGGUCCUUUGUAUGAACAAUAUACUGAUCAAUAAUCAUGGACAACAUUACUACUUA